AUGCCGCGUGUUCCGUUGGUAUAUAAUAAAACUUAUUCAACACCGCGGCGUCCAUAUGAAAAAGAACGUCUUGAUCAAGAACUUGAACUUAUCGGUAAAUUUGGUUUAAGAAAUAAACGUGAAGUAUGGCGUGUACGUUAUACAUUGGCAAAAAUUCGUAAAGCUGCCCGUGAAUUACUUACACUUGAAGAAAAAGAUCCAAAACGAUUAUUUGAAGGCAAUGCUUUACUUCGUCGUCUUGUUCGUAUUGGUGUACUUGAUGAAUCGAAAAUGAAACUUGAUUAUGUAUUGGGUUUAAAAGUUGAAGACUUUUUGGAACGUCGUCUUCAAACACAACUUUUAAGACUUGCACUUGCUAAAAGUAUUCAUCAUGCUCGUGUACUUAUUCGUCAACGACAUAUUCGUGUACGAAAACAAGUCGUUAAUAUUCCAUCAUUUAUUGUUCGACUUGAUUCACAGAAACAUAUCGACUUUGCACUUCGUUCACCAUUAUCUAGUGGUGGUCGACCAGGUCGUGUUAAACGAAAAAAUAUGAAAAAAGGAGAAAAGGGUACCAAUGAUGAAGAUGCCGAUGAAGAUUAA